UCUUUUGUUUUUCCUUUCAGAUGUUAAUGUUUGUCGAGUCAUUAUUUAAGUGCAGCUAUAACUAUGAGAACAUUCAAGAUGGUUUUGAAGUUGUGAGUUGUGUAUGUAAGAAGCAUGGAUCCCAGCCUCAAGUGGCAGCAUAUGUUGUCAAGAUCAUCACAGACCUCAUCAAUGUACAUGGCAGUAUCUUAUCUGAGAAUAUAAAAAGAAAUGUUGUUAGAUUGGCAGAAGCUUUUGCAAACAAGCAGCAGCAAGGAAUCUAUGGGCAGGAUGUUAUUGAAGCCAUCUUCUAUCUUAAUAGUGAACUUAGUAAGGUUGAUCCAAAACGUGAGUGGUCAAAGUAUAUCACAAGAGAAAAUGACCGUUGUGGUGAAGUAUUUGACCUUCUGUGUAGCCCAAGCCAUGAGCUACGUAUUUUGGCUGUGUCCCUCAUACAUGUCUUAUUGGUGAAAGUUGAUGGAUCUAUGAUCGAUAGUCAGCGACAAGAUCAAGUUUUCACAGAUGUUUAUCAGACAGCGUUGGAAGCUCUCACUGUACAGCAUGAGAAUAUUAGUGAUGAUGAUGAUGAUGAUGACAUUGUGAACACAGGUGAAGAAGUCCCCAUAGACGAUAUUGUGAAAAUUUGUAAUCAGUUUUAA